UACCGUGUACCUCUGUAGCAUGACCCUUUACUGACCAGUAGGGAAGAUUUGCCUGUGCUUCUAGAAAUACGCGACUUAUCUCCACGAACAUUGCGCCUUCCUUUCUCUCUUACCACCACUUCGUUCUGCCUGCGCAUUCGCGGAGCGCCUUACUGCCAUGGACCCCAACACUCCCUGUGUCUCUUUCAUCGGGAUAGUCGAUUUCACGGAGCAAGCACGAUGGGUCUACUGCUCAGAAUCUGUAAACGAUCUCCUGGGCUUUGAGCCCAGCGAGCUCGUCGGGUCGCCCUCUCUGAACUUGGUCCAUCCCGAUGAGUUCGACCAAGUGAAGGCUAUGCACUAUUCCACGAUCACCCAGGACCGCGCGGCUGUCCUCGCAUACCUCCGUAUGCGCCACAAGGACCCCUACAAGGGUUACAUCCUUUGCGCAAUUUCCCGUACCGUCUGCCAGAAUGUCCUCGUCGGAAGUGUCUCGUUCGCUUCUCCUGGUCCAAAGGCCAUGCAUAACGCUUCGACGGCUCAGGAGGUCCGCAUUAUCACGCCAUCUGCCAAAGACUUUGAGCUCAGGCGCUGGAAUGACCCCAAUCCUAUGCCACCGUGUCCGAUCCCAGAUCGCUUGCGAAGCACGCCGUCGCCAGCGUUUUCCUCGUCUACUCAGAGUAGACACAACUCGCCGAGCCCUAGCCCAGAGGCUGAGGCUCCUCCUCAUUUCGACCCACUCCCGGAGCAGUCACCGCGCACAGCUCUCAUUCUCAACCGGUUUUCCGUCAACUGCAAUGUCUUGUACUGUUCAAACGAUAGCUUGCUGUCCACCACACGCGUGACGGGACGGAGCUUCUACGACUUCGUCGCGCCAAAGGAUGAGGACACGGUCAGGGCGUGGAUAGACGUCAUCAAGGGUUGGGGGGUGAACGAGCGUGGUCAGCCUAGUGAUGGGGGUUUCGGCUUCGGGAAGUUCACUCUGUGUGUCGCAGGCCGCGAUUCAAGCGUCCGACAAACGGAGCCGGCGCCUGCCCGAAACCGCAAUGGCUCGCACAACGCUAAUCGCGACCCCGGAGCUCGUGAUCACGGCCGAUCGCAGAGGUCGACCCACAGCACGCCGCAUGGCCGCGACCGCAACCGCAGGGGGUCGGGCAACCGCGACUUUAAGGUCGACGCCAUAUUCUCCGCUCACUCUGACGGCCUCAUGGUCAUCAUCCGCAAGUCUUCCUCGCGCUAGAGCUGUCAAGAAGAAAACCAGAAGCAUGCACGUCGCCGCUCAGCCUGUUGAGACCAAGGCUCUUCUGGCCGAGCGACGCACAGCAGCCAUCUCCACUGACGACCGCUUCCAAAUUGUUUUCUGCUACUUGCCGCGACGGUCUCUGUUAUGUAGAUAUGUUGUAU